AUGAAGCUUUUGGUUUCUGCCGAGGAAUCGGGCGCUUUGAAGGAGAUUGUUUGCGAAAGGGGAACAGACACCUCCAAACAACAGGCUGUGCAGCCAUCUUCCAUCAGAACCGUGUGUCAGGAGACCAGAGACACCCGGGUGCAGAUCUUCAUUCUGUACGAGAAGUAUCUGAUUGCGGCCAGAAAGGGCGGUUUGGUCACGAUCUACGACAUUGGGGAUAAAUAUACAGAGAUCAAGAGGCUUGAGGGUUUGUCAAACUCUCCAGAAGACGUUUUUGUGGCGCUUUUCCAGCUCCAUGGGAAAAUAUACGCUUGCACAGAGGAAGGUAAAGUUUCCAUUGUUGAGCCGGAGUCCUGGGCCGUGGAACAUGUCAGCAUCAAGGGUCCCAUCAGCAGUUUUGUCGGAGACCAGUUCAGACCCGACGUGUUUGCCUAUGGAGGCAAGGAGAACGAUCUGGUUGUGAUCGACCUGGCCACCAAGAAAGAGCUCUACAAGGUCAAGAACGUGCCGAAUAACAAGUUAGACCUGCGCGAGCCCGUGUGGAUUUCGAAGAUUGCAUUUGCGACCGAGAAAGACGACAAAAAAGACGUCUACAAACUAAUUACAGUGACCAGGUACGGCCAGGUCAGAUUUUACGAUUCCGCGCACGGACGGCGACCAGUGCUGAACUUCAAGCUGAGCGACAAGCCGCUGAUCACGCUGGCAAAGCUCGACGACCACUCGAUUGUUUGUUCCGACACGCACACCACAACGGCGAAAUUCGACUUCAAAACGGGCAAGAUGCUUGGCAAGUUCCAGGGCGCUGUUGGGUCGAUUCAGGCGAUCGACGUGCACUCUGGGCUGUUGGCCACCGGUGGACUAGACAGAUACGUUCGCUGUUUCGACCUGGAAUCAAGAGAGGUGGUGGCAAAGGUGUAUCUGGGGACGCAGAUUAGCGACGUGCGCGUGGUGGAAGCAGAGGAGCAAGAAGUGGCAGCAGAGUCUGCUGCCGAGCAGAAACAGCCAGCAGUUGAGGAAGAAGAAGACGCUGAGUCGAGCGACGACGACGACGACGACGAGAUGUGGCAGAAACUGGAAACCACGCUGGUGGAAAAGAGAAAAAGACGGAAACUUAAAUAA